CACAAUGCCUUUCUAUCCCAGAAAACUCCUCAACUUCCUUUCUAACGUAAAACGUGAUAGCAGCAGAAAUGAGUACCCUCCGGCUGCAAAAGAGGUUGUCUGCAGCCGUUCUUAAAUGUGGCAAAAACAAGGUGUGGCUUGAUCCUAACGAAACUAAUGAAAUCGCCAACGCCAACUCGCGUCAGAACAUCAGAAAACUCAUUAAAGAUGGCUUGAUCAUUCGAAAACCUGUCAAGGUUCACUCUCGUGCACGAGUUCGCAAGAAUGCCUUGGCACGCAGAAAAGGCCGUCACAUGGGACAUGGUAAGCGUAAAGGUACUGCAAACGCCCGCAUGCCUCAGAAGGUGCUUUGGAUUCGUCGCAUGCGAGUCCUAAGAAAUCUUCUUCGCAAGUACAGAGAGGCUAAAAAGAUUGACAAGCACUUAUACCAUGAGCUGUAUCUGAAGAGCAAAGGCAAUGGCUUCAAGAACAAGCGUAUCCUUAUGGAGUUCAUCCACAAGAGGAAGGCUGAGAAAGCUAGAACCAAGCAGCUUAGUGACCAGGCAGAGGCUCGUAGGUCCAAAGUCAAGGAGGCACGCAAGAGGCGUGAGGAACGCAUUGCCCAGAAAAAGCAGGAGCUACUUAAGACAUUUGCAAAGGAAGAUGAAGCUCCAAAGAAAUAGAUUGCUAAUCAUGAACAGUCUUAAUAAAGAGGGGAAGAGUUUUA